AGUAGGAACAACCUACCUAUUUUUAAUUAUUAGACUUACCCAAUAAGAGCUCUAAUACGAGCGAUAUUUUGUUUUGUUUUUUUUUCUUGAGUUGAAGUAAACGGUAUAUUAUAGUAAUAGGUAACUAGUAACUAGGUAGUGGUUUUGAUUUUGUUUUGAAGUUGAGCAGUGGCGGCGGCGACGGUAAUCGACGACGACGGACACGGCACUUCUUACGGUAGCGGACGCGGUGUUUCACGAGGUUGUCAGGGUAUAUAAACGAAACAGUAUUAUCCCGACGACGGUCUCGUAAAUUGUCACGUUAUACCGGCCGAAGAUCAACGUUUUAUUUAGGAACUUAUGUACCGAACGGAAUAAUAGUGCGAGCACGUACACAUAAAAAUAUAUAAAUACGACGAUAACGCGCGAGAACGUGUUGGUAAAUUAUAUAUGUAUGUAAUCGCGCGCGCCCGAGUUUUUAACAAGCAACACGAAGACGUGUGAGCAACGAACGAACGAUGACUGUGAUUAUUUAUAUUAUUGACUCCCGUAGUCCCGUUGUUGUGUCGUAUCGAGUGUUUUGUGUUGUUUUUAUCGCCUUCUUCUCCUUUUCUACUUGGUCACUGAUGACUGAUGAGCACUGCAACGGCGGCACCAUCAUCAGAAUAACAUUAUCGUCUCGACUUUCGUUAAUCGGCCACAACCUCACGUGGUCACAUGUUCCGUUAUCACGUGAUUUAUGUGAUUACGAGGACAGAGACCGGAGAAACCGUGGAAGAAAAACGACGCCGGGGGCGUUUUUCUCCAAGACGACCGCCAAAACAGUUACCUCGUGUUCACUCGAAUUCCCGCCACUACACGCGCCGGCGUGUUCCGUUUCAGUAGACGGCAGAAAUAAAUUUUACACCAAACUGAAAAGUGCGAACAAUAACACAAAGGUCGAUGACGUAAUGACGUAUGGCGAUCACAUUUGGAAUUGA